CCUCUGAGCACUUUGAGAAACUGUCCCUCCAGCGCUACCCCCGAUUGACCCUCUGAGUGUUUGAGCGUUCAUCUCCCUCUGUCGAAUCGUAUCUUACAUCAGUUUGUCGCGUUAGCAGCAUGUCGGGCAAAGGCAAAGGCGGUCGUGGGAAGAAGGGCGGCAAGGCCGUGUCUCGGUCUGCCAAGGCGGGUCUGCAGUUUCCGGUCGGCCGUAUCGCUCGCUACCUCAAGCAGGGCCGCUAUGCCAAGCGGGUGGGCUCUGGAGCGCCCGUCUACCUCGCGGCCGUGCUCGAGUACCUCUGCGCCGAGAUCCUGGAACUCGCAGGCAACGCCGCCCGCGACCACAAGAAGGUGAGGCCAAGAGGGAGGCAGGGAGAGAGGGUGGCGGGGAGGGAGAGAGGCGGGUGGGUGGUCAUCUCAUCGGUGUGUGCGCGCUGUCUGGUUUCUGUGUUGUGUUGUGUUGUGUUGUGUCUUGUGUGUGUCAGAGCCGCAUUGUUCCGCGCCACCUGAUGCUGGCGAUCAAGAACGACGAGGAGCUCAACAAAUACAUGGCGGACGUGACCAUCUCCAUGGGAGGCGUGCUCCCCUCCAUCCACAGCGUCCUCCUCCCCAAGAAGUAAGCCUGGCACCAGCCGACACACCACCCACCGCCUCCCCACACGCACACAUCACGUGCCUCAUGGCUGUGUCCCUUGUGUGUGUUGUCGUGUGUCCUCUUUGUGUGUCAGGUCCAAGAGCAAGAAGGCCGCGGUUGAGGAGAGCAAGUGAAGACCCACCAACCACACCACACUCACUACACCCACUGCCACCACCACUACCACAGGGUGCCUGCCUGCCUGCCUGCCUGCGUGCCUGUGAUGGGAGGGGAGGAGGGGUCACAAUGAGCAGCUGCUGCUGCUGAUGAUCUGCCUACUACCAUCACCAUACACCAUAUACCAUAUCAUCAUACCACUGACUACACUGUCUACUCACUACUAUCUGACGAUGAGCGGGCGAGCCAGAAUGAGGGGGUGCAAAUGGACGGACUGACUGAUUGGAGGCGUGACAUGACGACAUGACACGGGUGGUCUGCUGCGACUGACCAGCCAACCACAACACACAACACAACCCUUUUGGUGCCACUGGGCGCCACCACGUGACUUGACUAUCGUGGCCCACAGCCAGAGGUGUAGAACAGACAGGUGAUGGGUGUGGGGGGGCUGUGUGUGUGUGUGUGUGGAUGGGUCGGUUGGCUGGCUGCAUACCUUCUUGUCGAUGUCUGCCGCCUUGGUUCUGCGAGGUGUUCGUUUCUGUCAUGGCUGCUGCUGCGAGUCAUGACAGCCACCGACACGGCCGUGGGUCCGAGGCGACAGCAUUGGCGAGCGGGUGGGUGUUUUGAUGGCUUGCAGAGUCGGUUGGUCUUUUUUUGUGGGCGUGUGGUUCUGUACAGUAGGUAGUGGCAUUCACUCUAAUGUGCCGAAAGUUCUGUGUCCUUAGGCGGUGCGGUGUGGGUGUCAUGUCAUGUCAUGUCUUGGCUGAUGUGGACGGACCAUCGAGUGAACUUUUUC